AUGGCGUCUCCAUCACCGCAAGGUGGCCCAACCGACGAGGAGACUGCCGCUGGUCGUCCUGAGCAUACCUCUAUCAAAUCCCCCGAUACCACCUCGCAAGAUCACUUACAUCCUGAUGCUGGCCAAUCGUCACCUGCUUCGUCGAAACCUUGUUUCCCCCAACUCAGUUUCGAUACCCCAGACCGAGUGUUUCCUAUUCGAUCCGUUAUCUCUGUCGAUCCAACAGCUUCGAACCCUCCCACAUCCCAGUCGCCCCCACCACAAUGGUCGCAAUCCAGACCCGUAUCUCCAGUUAAAGAAGGGGAACAUGGAUUUUCUAGUAUAGACCAAGCUUCUCGGCAGAAUACGCAAGAAGAAGAAGAUGAUGAUGAUAAGUCGCCGCGUCGCGGAGACGGUUCCACAGAUCAGAUGGGCAUGUCGGACAUAGAGGAAAAUAAAGAGUCAGGAAGUGCGGCACGCCACCUUAUAAUUGAGAAUAUAUCUGCUCAAUUUUCCAGUGAUGGACAUAGUGUCGCUUCAAGCACCGAUGGUGGGGUUCCUGUGGCCAGAGAUGAGCAUUCGCGGAGUACACCGACAGAGAACAACGAACCCGAUUUGGUUACUUCUCGAUUCCAGCAUAUCGUUACCGAGUCUGGUCAUGCUAUUAUAACUGGGCGUAAUGGCGCGGACUUCCAAUUUUGUGAGGAUGAGCCGAUCCAUAUUCCUGGUGCAGUUCAAAGCUUUGGUGCUUUGAUCGCGGUUGAAGAAGAAAAAGAAGGGAAGUUGGUCGUGCGAGUUGUGAGCGAGAACUCGGCAGAUUUGCUUGGUUAUACGCCACAACAACUUUUUGCUCUGGAAAGUUUCACCGAUAUACUUACCGAGGAACAAGAAGAUAAUCUUCUUGAUCACGUUGAUUUCAUAAGGGACGAAUCCUGUGAUCCAAGGAUACAUGGGCCGGAAGUGUUUAUUGUCUCCAUUGUAAGCCCUGCAGGCGAAACGAAGAAGUACUGGUGUGCCAUGCAUGUGAACGAAGCCAAUAAUAAGCUCAUCAUCUGCGAAUUUGAGUUCGAAGACGAUCAUGUCCAUCCCUUGAAUGUUUCAGGACAAACGACUCCGGACGAACCUUCUGGUACUUUGGGAAUCGACCCGACACCUGAAGAGUUAGCUGCAAGUACUGUCAAUAUGAGCCGUCCUCUUCGUGUUUUGCGCAAUGCUCGGAGGCGCAAAGGUGAAGCUGCAGCUAUGAAGGUGUUCAAUAUUUUGACACAAAUCCAGGAACAGCUGUCAGCUGCGUCGACAUUGGACACGCUUUUGAAUACAGCAACGGGUCUUGUGAGAGAGCUUACUGGAUUCCAUCGUGUCAUGAUAUAUCAGUUCGACAGCAGCUGGAAUGGCAUGGUCGUCGCUGAACUUGUAGAUCCUCGAGCAACCAAAGAUCUUUUCAAGGGGUUGCAUUUUCCUGCGUCCGAUAUUCCGAAACAAGCACGGGAGUUGUACAAAAUCAACAAAGUCAGGCUCUUGUAUGAUCGCGACCUGACCACAUCACGUCUUGUGUGCCGAACUGUGAAGGACCUCGAGACACCUUUGGAUAUGACACAUGCAUAUUUGCGAGCAAUGUCUCCCAUCCAUCUCAAGUAUUUAGCCAACAUGGAUGUACGCGCAUCGAUGUCUAUCAGUGUGAACGCCUUCAACGAGUUAUGGGGUCUGAUCUCUUGUCAUUCGUACGGAGCAACGGGCAUGCGAGUGUCAUUUCCUAUUCGUAAAAUGUGUCGUUUGAUUGGUGAUACUGUUUCUCGAAACAUUGAAAGACUUUCUUAUACAUCGCGCCUGCAAGCCCGGAAACUAAUCAACACUGUUCCUACAGAGGCGAACCCUUCGGGUUACAUCAUUGCAUCAUCUGACGAUCUUCUGAAGCUAUUUGAUGCCGACUACGGUGCUCUAUCAAUACGGGAUGAAACAAAGCUUCUAGGUCGUUUGAUGCAUACGCCAGAGGUCUUGGCUUUGCUUGAAUAUUUGAAAAUGCGUCAACUCAAUUCAGUGCUAGCGUCUCAUGAUGUCAGCGAGGACUUUCCAGACUUGAGAUACCCUCCAGGGUUCAAAUAUGUUUCAGGUUUACUGUAUGUGCCUCUCUCUGCCGGAGGACGGGACUUUAUUGUCUUUUUCAGACGUGGGCAAAUGACAGAAAUCAAAUGGGCGGGCAAUCCGUACGAAAAGAAGUCAAGAAAUGGAACGACUGGGUAUUUGGAACCGCGAAAGAGUUUUAAGACUUGGCGAGAGACUGUCAUAAGUCGGUCGCGAGAGUGGUCAGAAACUGACGUUGAGACAGCAGCAGUGUUGUGUCUUGUUUACGGAAAAUUUAUUGAAGUGUGGAGGCAGAAAGAAGCGGCCAUGCAGAGUACUCAAUUGACCAAACUGUUGCUAGCCAAUUCGGCCCACGAAGUUCGAACGCCAUUGAAUGCCAUUGUCAACUACUUGGAAAUUGCAUUGGAGGGCUCAUUGGAUUCAGAAACUCGCGAGAAUCUUGCCAGGUCGCAUUCCGCGUCUAAGUCUUUGAUUUACGUCAUCAACGAUCUUCUUGACUUGACUAAUACUGAAAAGGGACAAAAUCUGAUUAAAGAUGAAGUUUUUGACUUGCAUGCAACUUUUAAAGAAGCUACAGAAAUGUUCCAAGGCGAGGCAAAACGAAAAGAUAUUGCUUACAAUAUCAACCUAUAUCCUGGCCUUCCUAAAUCCGUUCUGGGUGAUCAACGCCGAGUCCGUCAGGUUAUCGUCAACAUCAUUGCCAAUGCUAUACACCACAUCAAUUCUGGCCAUGUAAAUGUUGAGAUUUGGCGCUCUCCGGUCCAGCCAGAUCACCAGGAAACAGUGGAUGUUGAAUUUGCUGUCGACGAUACAGGCGCAGGAAUGUCUCAGGCCGCUGUCGAUGCACUCUUCCGCGAUUUGGAACAGGUCUCUUGUGAAGAAGAGAACUAUUAUUAUGAGCAGGAGCAGGAGCAGGAGCGAGAACAGGAAAAAGCAAAAGAAUCCCAGGAUGGAGGAGAGAAACGCGUUUUGGGCCUUGGUCUGGCCCUGGUAGCUCGAAUUGUUCGUAAUAUGCACGGGCAGCUGAGCGUAAAAUCCGAAGAAGGCAAAGGUAGUCGCUUCAAGAUCAUGCUAAGAUUCCCUGUUCCUACGAAAGAACAAACUGCUACUGCUGUCGCACAGUUUGCUGGCCCUGAAGCAGUCGGUACGCCAAGCACACCGCCCUUGACUGAGGGUGAGGUCAUGUUGGUUGAUAGUAACGCAUUGCCCAAAAGCGGUCAACGACGACACAGCGCAGACAGUAUUAGAAGUGGUGGCAGUUUUGGUAGUUCUCGGAGUGGUCGAAGUGAAGCCGAUCGUCUUAUAAGUGCCAUCCAAGAACCAGCCCUGGUCAACCGAACUGUGACACCUGAAGAAUCGCGAAAGUCCAAGUCGGAGGGCACCAACAAGAUUCAAGAAGUUGCUUCUUUGACUCAACAACCACUAUCCUCUAGUCCUUCAAAGAGCCACGCUCCCGGACAUAUCUCCCUUCUCGAGCGAGCAGAUUUGCGUCACAUGAUGCCCCUGGGGUCUCCUCCAGUUACAGGACAAGAAUCUAUCACAGACUCUGGCAUACCGCUGAGCGCUUUGAGGGUUGAAGAACAAGAUGUUAAACGGCCACAUUCACCACCAGAACUCGCUCGACAAAGGUCAGCAUCGGUGGCUACAACAGGAAUUACCUCGCCGGGUGUUGGACCUGAUAUAUCCCCCUUUGAUGCUCUCCAUGUACUUGUUGCUGAAGACGACCCUGUCAACAGCAAGAUAGUGCAAAAGCGACUGCAGCGAGCUGGGCAUUCAGUAUACCUGACUGGAAACGGAGAGGAAUGUGCCGAUGCAUACCGUAACAGUCCACAGGCAUUUGAUGCCAUCCUCAUGGAUAUUCAGAUGCCCAUUGUUGACGGUAUGGAUUCAACGGCGAUGAUACGGAAAUUCGAGCAAUCCUCUCAUGAUUACCAAUUGUCGGACAAAGCCAAGCCACUUGAACGAGUUCCUAUAUUCGCCGUUUCAGCGUCACUUGUUGAGAAGGAUGUUCAGAAAUAUAUUGACACUGGGUUCGAUGGAUACAUUAUGAAACCAAUCGACUUUAAACGAGUCAAUGCUAUUCUUUCUGCCUUAAAGGCUGAUAGUACGCCAGAAGCAAUGACUUAUACACCCGGAAACUGGGAGCAUGGUGGCUGGUUUGACUGGUCAAAAUACCUCAGGGUCAAGUCUGAGUCUUAA